AUGUCUACGAGACGUACCACCCGAGCUGGCAGUCGAGCUGCUAGCAGUGUUGGCGGAGCCCAUGCUGUCGGUCCUGAUGAUAUUCCCGUCGCUCGCACUCCAGGCAGAGGUCGGCCUCGGAAAACCGCUGGCUCAGUAGCUGGUUCUGAACGUAGCACUGGCCUUCCAUCUAUGGCACCUUCUACCAGUACUGCAUACGGUACAAAUACUCUUGCCCUCCCAAAUUACGGUCCAAGAGGUGCUCCAUUGGCCAAUGAUAUCUCUUCCGUCAUCGAAAGUCUUCUAGAACCUGAACCUAUCAAUAAAGGAAGCAGACCUAGGCCAGGUUCUCAAGAACCAGUACCAGAUGUUGAUGCGCCUGCUGUUCAGCCAAUUCCUGGUGCUCCCGCCUAUAUUCCUUCUAUGCGUUCGAGGUCUGGACCUGUCAAGCGACGAGUUCCUCCUCACACUGUCGAUAGAAAUUUUCAAAAUGAAAGCCAACUGUUUCACGAUGCUAGCAUCAUGUCCUCUUCUUACCAACAAGAUGAUUUUCUUAGUUUCUCGGGCCCCUCUUUAGACGAGGGCGAGGUAAACCGUCGUGUUGCAUUGCGGGACCUCAUUGAGGAACAACAAUACAUGCGUGGCGGUGCUCAGGAUAGAACUAGUUUCAACCUCGGAAAUGUUCUCAGAUCGCCAGGUCACUUCUUCAAGAAAAUUGCAAAAAGCUUCUCCGACAAUUUUGGCGAUGCUACCAAGUCCUUGUUGCCGUUACUUGCUCUUGGCUCCAUUGCUUUCAUUGCAUGGUUUGCCUAUUUGAAUAGCGGUGGUCCUAGCUUACAUUGGUAUGGCUCUGAUAUCUCAGCAAAUCUUGGACAAUUCAUCCCAUCUCAAGUCAAACAUCCCUCUCGAAUUUUCGCUCCAGGAGAUCUCAAAGAUGUUUACCGACGUCUAGACAUCGCUGAAUCCGACAUCGCCUUCCUCAAACAUCGUUCUACCAUUGAUAAGAAUGCUCUUGCAGAAAUUAAGAAGAUUCUUCCUGAUUUCAUUGCUCUUGACAAGGACUACAAUGGCAAACCAGCUCUCCCAGCAAAUCUUUGGCAAGCCAUGCGAGAGAAGAUUCGAGCUGAUCCAUCUCUUAUUCCAUCCCCUUCCCAGAGUCCUCGUGAAGUACCACCCCCUACUUCAUCAAAGUCUGACCCUCGCAGUCAUGAAGUGUUCAAUUCCAAGGAAUUUGAUCGCUAUCUUGAGAGCAACAGAGUUAAGAUUCAAAGUUGGGCUGGUUCUGAAUUUGAUGUUCUCCACCCGACUCGAAUUCAACAACUCAUCAAAGACGGCAAGAUUGCUUCAAAGGAUGAUGUCGUCGAAUUAAUCAAAAAGAAUUGGAGAGAUUCCUCUCAAGAAGUUAGAUCGGAACUUCAAAAGCUUACCAAAGACUUGGAACACAAGGUUUCAAAUCUUGGAAAGCAAGCACUCACCGCUGAACAAGUCAAGGAACUUGCCAACGAAGUUGUCAAAGCUCAAAUUGAAGCUAUCGCAAGAACAAAUGUUAAUAGACAAGUUGGUCAAGCCAUCCACCGCAUGGAUCAUCUUGCCAAACGUUCCGGUUCCGCCAUUAUCCCUCGACUUACCUCACCUUCCUACCGUUUCCCACACCAAGACCUUAACUUCAUUCGCAGGGGUAUCGCCUGGGCCGCCCACCAUCCCAUCCCCCUCCCACCUUCCGCUGAGACGGCUCUCACCUCCUGGGACGAAAUCGGCGAUUGUUGGUGCUCACCACAACAAAAUGGUGAUGGUCCUACUCUUGGUGUCCUCACGGCUUACAAUAUUUGGCCCGACCAAGUAGUCGUUGAACAUUAUCCACACUCCGGCUACACCAAUUCCGGCUUCUCUCCUCUAUCAGCACCCAAACAAAUGGAACUCCUAGCCUACAUGUCCUACACACCCAAAUUCCUCAGAGUCAAAGCUUACUCGGAUCGACUCUUCCCAAAAGAUAAACCAGAAAAUCUCGAAUCUGGCUGGGUACAAUUGGCCGCUUGGUCAUACGAUGCUUCGGGUCCCAGCAUCCAAACUUUUCCUGUACAAAUCGAUCUCAAGGAUUUCGUAACAGAAGAGGAUCUUAAAAAGGAUCAGUCGGCGACAAAUAAGUUUUUGAUCAGAAUUAAAAGUAAUCAAGGACAAGGGACGGUACCAUAUACUUGUCUUUAUCGUGUUAGGUUACAUGGGGAAGUGAAACCUGAUGAAAACUACUAG